CUCCUGUCUUGUUCUAGUUCACAUACAGAGAGAAACGUUACACACAAACUUUUACAAAUGGAUUAAUCUUUCUGUCAUGCACAUUGAGUUACAUUUUGGAGAUUAAAACUGUCCAAACUGUUAUUUUUUAAGGAGGACUUUUGAAUGUUGAAUCAUGUCUGGAUGCUUCAAGACCAAAAAAAGUGAAGAAGCAGAGAUGGCAUCUGCACCAGUGGAAGUAUCAAACAAUCAGGAGCCAGCAGAGGGAACAGAGGAGUGCUCAGGGAAGAAAGAGUCUAAGUUCCAGACAUUUAAAAAGUUCUUCAAGAGAAAAAAGCGAAAAGAAUCUGGAGCUCUGAAGAACUCAGCAUCCAAUGAAGACCUCAACAAACCACCUGAACAGCAACAGCCCGAGAAGAGGAAUGGGUCAGAGGCUGGGCUGGGCAAUAGGUCGCAGUCACAUGACUCUGUGUUUGCGGCUGAUUGGUCGGAGGCUCACGAGGCUCUGGGGGCAUCUCAGGACAGUCUGCAUGGGAAAGUCAAAUCUCUGCAGAUGCAGUUGAAGCAGUCUCUUCUCUGUGGAAAAAGGACUCAUGAUACUGGAGCAGUGUCAGAGGACGAUGGCUUACCCUGCAGCCCCCCAGACUACACACCCAGCAAGACGAAACCUCAGAGGGACAGCUCCAUCAGUCUGGACUCUGGAGAGCUGUCAUGCCCAGGCUCAAGCCGUGCCAUGAGCCCCCUUGUGGCCACUCCAGGGGAUUUCAGCUCUCCAGCUUCAGCCUCUGUGUGUUUGGACAAUUCUGCAGCGAGACACAAACUGGAGCUGAGACAGAGAGGGAAGAGGAGGAAGAAGAGGCCGGUACAGCCUGAGCUGGGGCCUGGACCAGACUCUCUCCUGGAGGAUUCUCUGAACAUUUCCACAGCUGAAGAACCUCAGGGACCAGAGGAGAAUGAGGAGACAGAGGACGUUAACCAAAACCCAUGUAUUUCUAUGACAAAUGUUGGACAUUGCCAUGGCAACACAAUUGUAAAUAGAGACAAGGACCUGAAACCUGAAAAUGUUCAAGUCAUGACUGAGUUAAACAUCCCAGAAGACUCAGAAAAGAGAGACGAGAGAAAGGAGAGGAGCAUGGAGGAGAGAGACGAACAGAAGGAUAGAGAGGAUGAGGAGAGGAAGAGUGAUGGCAAAGAGGAGGAGGAGUCUGAAGAAGAGGGGACUGCUGAACCCUGUGUUCCAAGUCUGGACCAAAACCUGGAUCAAGGCCAGGACCAAGAAGAAGACCAAGAGGACCCGGAGGAGAGGGACAGGGCCAGCUCUGCUACAGAGCCCUCUGCUGUUGAGAGGGAGUACCUUUUGGACCCUUCAGGAUUUAACUAUGGCUCAGAAAAUAAACUCCACCUGUCUGACUCAUCUUUGGAGGAAAAACUACGGGAGGAUCUAAGCGAUGGAGAGGAGGAGCAGAAAACAGAGGAGGAGGAGAGAGAGGAAGAGGAGCAGGAGGAGAGAGAGCUAAACCUAACUGAGGAAGAGGAGGAGAGCGAGAAAGAAGAACAGGAAGAGGAGGAGAGCUCACUGCUUCAGGAAGUCCUCAGCUCCUUAAAAACUCCACUGAGCACUUUGGAUGUAAUGCACAUGGAUCACCACCACAGGGAGACAGAGGAGCAUGAGACUCUACAUGACGAGACAGCGAAUGAGGAAGAGGAGGAGGAGAAAGAGGAGGUACAGGAGCUCCUGGCCAGACCACACACAGCUGAAGACAUUCAAGAAGGACAUAAACAGGAAGUGGAGUCAGGGGAACAGGAAGUGGGCCUGUUCUUAUAUAAAGACGCAGAGGAUGAGCUGAAGAGUGCAGAGGAAUACUUGGAGGAGGAGCUGCAGGUGGAGCACUUCAUGCCCAUUGAGCUUGUUUCUGAAAUUGAAACUAAAGAUAUCCAAGAAAUAAAACAUGGAGUCGCUUUACCUUUAUCACAAUCAGACAGUGAGGAAGAAGAGGAGGAGAGAAGGAAAGAUUUAAAUUUAAUUAAACAACAAGAAACAGAAGAAAACCAAGAAGACCUGAACGCCAUCUUGGAUCAGAUUGAACAGGAAGUGAUCGAGAGUGAAGAGGAAGUCACAGACACUGCCAUUUUGGAUCAAGUCGACAAAGAAAGUAAUGAUGUUAAGGAGACAAAUGCAGAAAUGGACAAACAUAUUGAAACUGAAGUUGAACUCGAGACUCAAAAUUCAGCAAGAUUUGUUGAAAUUGUGUCUGAAGAUGUUUUGGAAUUUGACGGAGAAAUUUUGCAAGGUAAAAUUGCAAGUACAGAGAUAGCGGAUGACCAAAAUCACUUAGAAGAAACUGAAAUACCCAUAAUCGAGUCGGAACAAGUGAAUAUUAAACAAAAUGAUGAGAAAGAGGCAGAAAUGAUUGACAAAUAUGAAACAGAGGAGAGCGAGAACAAGGAGGCGACUAUAAGCAAAAUCGCUGUAAGUAAAACUACAUCUUUGGAAAUAAAUUUGGUGUCGCCAAAUUCAAAGAAAGAAUUCAGUUUUCCAAAUUUAGAACAUUUUAAGGGAGAAGCUAAAGAGGAAAUUUGUGAUAAGACUGAAAAAUCUACAGUUUCUACAGUUGAGAUAAUGGACACACAAUACCAAGAAGAUCUAAAUCAAUUUGAAGCUGACGUUGAAAUUUUGGACAAAAUUGACAAAACUAAAGAAGAUGAAAUUAUAAAAGGUUCAAUAGGUGAAAAUGAAAUGAUUGAAGAACUAGAAAAUCCUGAGAAGAUCAAAGAGGAUGUUGAAAAUUUUGACAAUUUUGAUCAAAUGGAAGAAGAAUCAACAAAUCUUUCAAUGAGCAAGAUGGAGGAGAUACAAGAACUAGGACAGAUAGAACAUAAAACUGAAAUUUCACAAAAAAUUCACGAAGAUGCUGACAUUUUUUAUAAAAUUGACAAAAUGCAAAAAGAAAAAAGGGUUCAGUUUUGUAUGGAGGAGAUGGAAGAGAGAGAUGAGCAAGAAAAAAAUGAACAAAAAGUUAAAAAUUCUAAAAAUGAAGAAUCAAACUGGCCCAAGUUCACGAUCGCCACAGCCUGGCAAAGAUCUCUCUCCACUGCGGAGAAAGAGGAGCUUGGCUCACCUACACACCCAGAACCAGGGAACCAAAAAGAUCCAACCAGACCAGAUCCUGGGUCCAAAGUCCAAGAGUCUAGAUCUAGUCCUUGGUCUAAACAAGUCCAGGAGUCCAGAUUAGAAACUGGUUCCAAACCAGUCCAGGAAUCAAGACGUGAGUCAGAAUCUCCACCAGUUCAAUUGUCUAAGUCUGAACCAAAGACCCAACAAGACCCAGAAUCCAGACCUGAUCCUAGGUCCGAACAAGUCCAGGAAGCCAGAACUGAAUCAAAGACCCAACAAGAACCUGAGUCCAGACCAGAUCCUGGGUUCAAAUUCCAAAUGUCUAGACCUAGUCCUUGGUCUAAACAAGUCCAGGAGUCCAGACCAAAUCCUGGGUCUGAACAAAUCCAAAAGUCCAAGUCUGACCCAAAGACCCAGCAAGAUCCAGAAUCCACUGAACCUGAUUCCAAACUCCAAGAGUCUAGACCUGGUUCUUGGGUGAAACAAGUCCGUGAGUCCACACCAGAAACCAGAUCAGAAACAAUCCGAGAGUCCAGACCUAAACUAGAGACUCAACAACACCCAGAAUCCAGACCUGAACCAGAGGAAGUGGAGAGAGGGGGAGCAGAGACAUGUCCGAUGGGAGUCAAGCAUCCUGGUAUACAUGUAGAUAAACUCACUGAGGAGUGUCCGGCUGUGUCAGAGGAGAUUUCCAAGAAUCCUUUUGGGGUGCGUUUGAGGAGGACUCAGGCUCUGCACAGGUUCAUCGCAGAAGACCAACACAAACAGUCUGUCCAUGAACUUCCAUCUCCCUCAAACAAAGUUGACCUGCUUCCAUCCACAAACCAACCAAUCAGUAUCAAACCCAUGGUAAUAGAUCAGCCAAUCAUAGUCAAGCAUGCAGUACUGAGCCAGCCAAUCACAAACAAGAGCCCACCGUCCAAUCCACCAAUCCCGGUGAAGCCUAUGGUGCCCAGGAAACCGGAGGUGGAGAGUGGAAGUAAAACCAAACAAGUUUCAGAUACAGGAGGAGGAUCUGAUGCUCCCAGCUGGAUCUCUAUGGCUAAACAAAAACAGAAGAUUUACAAAGAAAAUGUAAAGGAGGAAAUAGAAAAGGAGUCUGGCAAAGUGAUUUCUCUGGAUCUCAAACCUGCAUCUCCAAUGUGUCCUCCAACUCCUGUACCUCCAGUACCACAGAAACCCAGCCACUUCUCCUGCCCUACUCCUGCCCCUGUUUCACCUGCCUCUGCCCUCUCCUCUAAGACAAUACCACAGAAACCCAGCCACUUCUCCUGCCCUGCUCCUGCCCCUGUUUCACAUGCCUCACUUGUCUCAGCCCUCUCCACUAAGUCAGUAUCGCAGAAACCCAGCCACCCCUGCCCUGCACCUGCCCCUGCACCUGUCUCUCUUCCCCCCUCGUCCUCCCUCACUAGUGCCUCCUCUAGACCCCCCUCCGCACACUCACCUCCCCCACGUGUCUCCUCUCCUCAGGAUGAACCACCAUGGAUGGCACUGGCGAAGAAAAAAGCCAAAGCAUGGAGUGAGAUGCCUCAAAUUGUUCAGUCAUAAACUUGAAAUUUUGAAAAGUUUUGGAGAAAUUUUUGGACUUUUGAUUAAAGAUUUUUGCACAUAUUUUUAGACAGUGUUUACUCUUAUACACGCAUGUCUCUAUAUCCCAUAUGUUUAAAUGGUUGCUUAAACAUAUGUUAAAAUGUACCAACUGAAAAUGCAAAUAUUGAAGUGACUGAGUGAGUGCAGUUUUUGGUGCCACCUAGUGACCAAUUGCACAUGACAUCCUUGUUUUUGGAGCAGGUUUAAAUUUAGGUACAGACAGGGAAAUUUAUCCUCUGCAUUCAGACCAUGGUUUAUAGUCGGAGGAGGCUUGGGAACUAAACCUGAGACCUUGUGCCACCGCUAUGGAAGCUCAGCAGGGAUGUUUUCAUUCACUUUAAAAAUACAUGCAUUAGUCUUAUACAGUGCUUUUCCAGACACUCAAAGUCUCUUAACAAUUUUGCAUCUUCAUUCAUAUUCAGUGGUGGUAAGAUACAAUUGGAACCACAUCUGCCCUGGAGCAGACUGGCUGCCAAAAUGUGCCAUUGGCCCCCCCACCACUACCAAUCAUACACUCACACAUUCAUAUGCUAAGGAGGAGUGUCUUGCUCAAGGACACUCUCAUCACAUUAGAACAGGGUUAAACCCCCACUAGGGUUAAAGCCCCACUGUGGAACAUUCCGACACAUUAGAUCAGGGUUAAAGACAUAUAUGGUAUGGUAUGGUAAAAUUGAAAUGUAAAAAUAUGUCCUGUAUUACCACAGAUAUUCUUAUAACAGAAUUUCCAUUUCACGUCAGUAACAUUUAUGAUUUUUUUAUUUUUUUAUUUUGUACAAUGUAUUUUGCCUUUUGAGAUUUUGACUUGUACAGAAAUGUGAAGUAAACUAAAUACUAAAUCAC